AAUUCUAACCCAAAGCGUCUUCACUAUACAUCCUCAUACCACGCACUCAGCUUCAAGCACCCGAAUUCAAAGUUUACUUCACAGUCAGUUUGUGAUCAUUCCGCAAAAAUGGCAAGCAAUGAGCCUAGUAAGUUCCCGCCUCAGAGCCAGGAAACUCAGCCAGGAAAAGAGCAUGCAAUGCAACCACUCCCACAAGCCAUAAAUCCUCACCACAACCCCGCCAAUAAGCUUCAGGGAAAGGUGGCGUUGGUGACAGGGGGUGACUCGGGGAUUGGAAGAGCGAUUUGCCUGUGUUUCGCGAAAGAGGGUGCAACGGUGGCUUUUACAUACGUGAAGGGACAUGAGGACAGGGAUAAGGAUGACACUCUGAAGAUGCUUCUUGAAGCCAAGACAGGUGAUGCACAAGAUCCAUUGGCAAUAGCUGCGGAUAUUGGCUUUGAUGAAAACUGCAAACAAGUCAUUGAACUAGUCGUCAAAGAAUAUGGUCGCAUUGAUGUUCUAGUUAACAAUGCAGCUGAGCAGCACCUGAGAAACUGUGUUGAGGAAAUUACAGAACAACAGCUUGAAAGAGUGUUUAGGACCAACAUCUUUUCACAAUUCUUCUUGGUCAGGCAUGCUCUGAAGCACAUGAAAGAAGGAAGCUCCAUCAUCAACUCAACUUCAGUUAACGCCUACGAUGGGAAUCCUGAAGCAUUGGACUACACGGCCACAAAGGGAGCUAUUGUUGCCUUCACAAGAGGUCUUGCUCAGCAGCUGGUGAGCAGGGUAAUUCGGGUUAACGCUGUGGCACCGGGUCCAGUUUGGACGCCAAUACAGCCUGCUUCAAAGCCUUCUGAGAUGAUCCAGAACUUGGGGUGUCAAGUGCCAAUGAAGCGGGCAGCACAACCUUUUGAGAUUGCACCGUGUUAUUUGUUCUUGGCAUCCCUUCAGGAAUCUUCCUACUUCACCGGCCAAGUCCUCCAUCCAAAUGGUGGGAUGAUUGUCAAUGCUUAAUGCUGGCUGGUGAUUGUGCCUUCGCCUGUUUGCUACUAUUAAACCUCGUGAAUAAGCAGUUCUAGCGAGACUAUUUGGUUCAGAUGGGCCUGUAGGAUCGGAUCAACCAACAAACUUGUUCGGAUGUAUAUUUUAUGUUUUUAAACAUAUUGCGGUUUGGAACAUAUGGCUUGGGAUGAAUAAAGUUUACGUGAGUCGUU